AUGGGUGCCUACAAAUAUUUAGAAGAAUUACAAAGAAAAAAACAAUCUGAUGUUAUGAGAUUCUUAUAUAGAGUCAGAUGUUGGGAAUACAGACAAAAAAAUGUUAUCCACAGAGCAUCAAGACCAUCAAGACCAGAUAAAGCUAGAAGAUUAGGUUACAAAGCUAAACAAGGUUUUGUUAUUUACAGAAUUAGAGUCAGAAGAGGUGGUAGAAAAAGACCAGUUCCAAAAGGUGCUACUUACGGUAAACCAACUAACCAAGGUGUUAAUCAUUUGAAAUACCAAAGAUCAUUAAGAUCAACUGCUGAAGAAAGAGUUGGUAGAAGAGCUGCUAAUUUAAGAGUUUUGAACUCAUACUGGAUUAAUCAAGAUUCAACUUAUAAAUAUUAUGAAGUCAUUUUAGUUGACCCACAACAUAAAGCUAUUAGAAGAGAUCCAAGAUAUAACUGGAUUGCUAAUGCUGUUCAUAAACAUAGAGAAUCAAGAGGAUUAACUUCAGCUGGUAAAAAAUCAAGAGGUAUUAACAAAGGUCACUUAUACAACAAAACUAAAGCUGGUAGAAGACACACUUGGAAAAAACACAAUACUUUAUCUUUAUGGAGAUACAGAAAAUAA